AUGGAGUGCACAAGACGACAGUUUUCGUAUGCGACAUGGCGUCUUCAGGUAUUUCGCCAAUUACUCGGCCCCUCUCCCGCGCCACCAUCCCGCCGCUACCUUUCGGGCUCGCAGAUUCGCGCCGAUGAAGCUCCCUCAGGUACCACUCUUCCUCCAUCCAAGCGCCUACCGCAAUCACCUCUUGUCACAUCUCCCCGACCCGGCCCUAUAAAAGAUCGCAAGAGACUUCCAACACCCGAUGACACAUUCGAACUAAAAAAGAAUCCAUGGGCGGUAGCACUCGCGUCACCAGUGCGGAUGUGUUCCGUGACAGGAGCCCGUAUACCACGCGACCUACUCGGGGAAUGGGGGCUUGUCCGAAAACCAGACACAGAAAAUAGCUAUUUGCUUCCCGUGGAUCUGAUCAAGGACUCAUUGCAAGCGCGGAAAGAAACCGGCUCUUUGGUCCCGGAGAAGGCCCCAUACCUUGAUCCAGCGACGAUAUCUGCCGACACGCCACUGACGGCGAAAGCGAUUCGCAACGAGAAACCGGGGCAGCAGCUUCUUCUUCGAAUGCUCAAUUCGCUGCAUCUCCUGAAGGGACUUGCGAGGCCAUUGUCUAAGAACGCUGGGAAGAGACCAGCCAUUUCGAGACUCCUGCCGUUCCGAUGGAAGCACCCAUUGGGCCCGAUCACCUCCCGCGUGGAGAAGAGUAUACUUUGGAGACCGGACAUGGCAGACCAUGUCUUACUGCAGAGGCGUACUGAUGUGGUCAAGAAGCUGGAAAAGGCUCGAUGGAGGUACGCGCGCAUGGAUAUUCCUGGUGGAGUGUGGAGUGUCCUUGAUAUCCAGGAAUCUUCUACUACCGCGCUUGCAGAUGCUCUAGAGCGCCUCGGAUCUUUCGAUCGGAUGGCAUCUGGGGCAGUCCUUCUGCUUGCGCCGUCUGGUAACGGUGGAUCAUGGCCAGAGACUGUGUUCAAUCCAUCCACUCAGAGUCAAGUCCCUGUAUUUGACUUGACGACACUUUUGUCUGAAUCAGACUUGGCCAAGCUACGGGAUGCGGAGGCGCCGCAUUUCCGUAAUGCUGCCCUGUUCUUCAGGCCGGAUAAUCAUUUGGGGGUGGAGACCAUCCUAGCUCUAUGGAAGCUCCAGCGGUUCAUGACGGAGACACCGUCUUGA